AGCGGCAGUGGCAAAACUCGGAUAGCAUCCACCAGCGCAGCCGGUAGCCACUGGAACCCAGCUCCCUUUCUUCUCCGUCGGCUUCGGCCGUCCUCCCCGCGCGCAAUGCUUCGUCUCCCCGCUCUCCUCCCUCUUAAACCCUCGGCCCCGGCCACCGGCUUAAACCCCACCCGGCGCAGCCAUGGCCACCGCGGCCCCAAACGCCUCCUCGCUUCCUCCGCCACGCCGCCGCCACAGCCGCCGCCGCCGGCGCGAAGGACUCCCAGUCCAACCACGGCCCCGAAACCCUUUAAGCGCGAACCCCGCGCCGGCCCCCAGAAUCCCGAAGGCGCCACCGCGGAGUUCCCCACAACGAAGCCCCGCAAACCACGCCGCGGUCGCCGAAGCGAGGCGGCCGCCGUGGAGGACUUCGUCCGCGACCGCCUCGAGCAGGUCUUCGCCUCCAUCCAGGAGCGCGACCCCGAGGUCCUCCAAGGCAAAGGCGACAUCCUGAAGCCAAAGGAGGAGGAGGAGCUGGCUUCCGGCGAGAAGCCCGGGGAGGAAGACGGGGAGCAGAAGACGGUGGUGGAGGAGGAGGACCCGAGCUGGCCACUGGACGCCGACGUCGGGUGGGGGGUCCGAGCGUCGGAGUACUUCGACAAGCACUCCAUCAAGAACGUGACGGUGGACGGCGUGGAGAUCGAUUGGGAAGGAGAGGUCGACCGGGGCUGGGUCAAGGAGAUCAACUGCUUGGAGUGGGAGAGCUUCGCCUUCCACCCCAGCCCCCUUAUCGUCCUAGUCUUCGAGCGCUACAACAGGGCUGCUGACAAUUGGAGGUUUCUUCAAGAAUUGGAAAAGGCUACAAAGGUAUACUGGGAUACAAAAGAUCGGCUACCUCCACGGACUGUGAAGAUUGAUCUGAAUAUUGAGAGGGACUUGGCAUAUGCACUCCAAGCAAAAGAAUGCCCGCAAUUGCUGUUCUUGAGAGGAAACAAAAUCCUAUACAGAGAAAAAGAGAUAAGAACAGCUGACGAACUAGUUCAAAUGAUUGCCUAUUUCUACUACAAUGCAAAGCGGCCAUCAUGUGUCAAUCCCGAAGCCCUUGCUCCUUCAUUCUAAGUUCCUGGUAUACAAGCGCUGAGAUUGUCAAGUCUUGUGUUAUUGUAGCACUGAUAUUACCUUCUUCUAGAAAGUAUUAUUAAGUUCAUGUUCUGGGAGAAGAGGCUGAGUCUCCAAGUUUGAUGAUUUACCUGGAUAAGAUGCAAAAGAGGACAUUUUGGAUGCCUAUAGUGGAAAGGGAACUGAGAAAAAUCGCCUCGACGGGUUGUGUCAAGCAAGGAAGGUGUGACAACAGACAUGUAUUUUGAUAUUCAGUCAGUCUUUUGUAGUGUACUUUAGUAUCUAAGAGUAUAUUCUCAGUUUCUGGAGUGAUUUUCUAGAUAGGAGCAGUGGCGAAGCUAGAAGAUCAGGGGAUUUGGGGUUAGCUACGUUUUUGAAGUUCGCUAAAAAAAAGCUACGUUUUUGAAGGUGUAAUUUCCACUAGUGAGCAAUGACAAAGACUAGAUUACUGAAGGAUGUAUGGAUUCCAUUGGGACCGAAUAGUUGUACACCAGAUUCGCCCUGGAUAGGGAAGUGUUAAGUGACAGCUUCACCUUCUAAAUACAAGUACAUUAUUGAGAUCA